CUCCCCGCCCUUCCGCAGAAGCUGCACCUGCGGGAGGCGAUCCUGCUGACGGCUGAAGAUGCGGGUCCCCGGGCGGGGCUGAGAUCCGGGCCUCCCCCCCCCCCCCCCCAAGAUCAGAACCCCGUGGUGGCACAUCAUCUGAUGCUCCCAGCGCCAUGCUCCGAAGAUUCCUGGACCGGCCCUGCACCUUGGCUGUCCUGAUCGGUUUCCAGUUCCUCUUCAUGGCCUACUUUUCCUUCGGCGGCUUCCGCAACCUGGCGUCCAUCUUCGGCCGCGACACCAGCCCUUCCUUCGAUUAUUCCCGCGGGCACGAUGUCUACGCUAACCUCAGCCUGGUCUUCCAGCUGCCGGCUCGUCCCAGCCCUGGGGGGCCCUUGCCCUACUGCCCGGAUCGGUCGCCGUACCUGAUCGGCCCUUUGAUAGUGAGUUUCAGCCAGGUGCCUACGCUGGAGCAAAUCCAAGAGAAAAACCCGGCCGUCGAAUUAGGGGGUAGGUACCGCCCUUUCAACUGCGAGUCCCGUUCCCGCACAGCCAUCAUCAUCCCUCACCGCAACCGGGAAACUCACCUGCGACACCUGUUGUACUACCUGCAUCCUUUCCUCCAGCGCCAGCAGCUCCAUUACGGAAUUUAUAUCGUGCACCAGGCCGGGAACGCCACGUUUAACCGCGCCAAACUUCUCAACGUCGGGGUGAAGGAAGCGCUGAAGGACGAAGAGUGGAACUGCCUUUUCCUUCACGACGUGGAUCUCAUCCCCGAGAACGACCACAAUCUCUACGUUUGCGAUCGGUGGAAUCCUAGACACGUGUCCGUGGCAAUGAAUAAGUUCAAAUACAAGCUCCCGUACUAUCAAUACUUUGGAGGGGUUUCGGCUUUAACCCCAGACCAGUAUAUGAAGAUUAAUGGUUUCCCGAACCAGUACUGGGGCUGGGGGGGUGAGGAUGAUGACAUCGCCACGAGGUUGCGCUUCCGAGCAAUGAAGAUUUUACGACCUCCGGUGUCCGUCGGCCAUUAUAAAAUGGUGAAACACCAGGGCGACCAAGGCAAUGAGCAGAACCCACACAGGUUCGAUCUGCUGAUUCGGACGUACCGUUCAUGGAGCCAAGACGGCAUGAAUUCUCUGUCCUACAAGCUCCUCUCCAAAGAGCUGCUACCACUUUACACCAACAUCACCGCCGAUAUUGGCACCAACCCUCGGGCCACCAAGAUCGGAAAGGGCUCCCUGUCUGACUUUGGCAGGGGGGAUUAUCCGCGAGACAGCAAUCACGAUUUCCGUCAGGAGAUGCUGCGCAAGACUCCUUUCGCCAAGCUCUCCCAAGCCAUGGGAUGGAAGGACCCCUCUCCAGAGACAGAUAAAAAGGGGGAGAUGCCCACCCCGAUCUCAGAAAACCCCACACCGAGCACCAGAGCCGAAAAGAGGGAGAAAGGCUCCGCGGCUUCGACCUACAACGAGGUAGACGCUACCCUUGAAACAUUGAGCGACGCCGUCCCCAGCCCGGAAGUCCCCAAACGAGUUUUCGAGGAGACAGUCCAACCCGUACGAGUAGGUUUAUCUUCGCCGCAACUUUCGUCCGGACACGCUGCACAGAGCAUGGCUCUCCAACCCAACUCUACAAAUCGCACCGAUUCUAGAACCGCAGAUUAAAAGAACGAGAUGACACCCAGAGCGUCAACGCAAGGUCGAAAUUUAGAAUCAUUCUCUCAUCCCUGCUCGGGAGUUUGGGGAGGAUCUUGUCGGUUUUCUCUCCAGGCCAACGGAGCAGAAGGGCCAGACGGAGAUAGAGCGGACAAAUAAAGGGGGCAGGUGAACGGGGCAGGUAGGACGGCGCCGGGAAUCCUUCGAGAAUUUGGUUCCCGUAUCCGCGGGCGCCGGUUGAUUCUUCCUUCCCGGAUGCAGGGAAUCUACCAAGGGCCCGUAUUUCUAACUGGUGCUUCGUAGGACUGAAUUCACGCUCGGAGGCGGAUGGAAGUACAGGAGGGAUUGGCGUGGGAAAAAUGGGGCCUCUUCUCGUGUCCGAGAUUUCUGCGGAUGGAUUGUGGGAGGGGAGGAACUCUGCAGCUUUGGUGGAAAGAGUGCUCCGAUCAAAGCCCUCCGGCCCCCACUGUCCACUUUGCACCUUCUUAAAAAAGGGGGGGAAGGGCUGAGCCUUGCUACCCACCCACCCACCCCCUUCCCCAGCGCCAGGAAAGUAUAACUCGCUUCGCUGGACUUCUCAACUUUUGUGAAUUUGAGAUAGGAUCUUCUCUCACCCUAGCUGUGCCCCCCCCGCUUCACACAAGCGAUCCAGCCAGGAUCAAGGAACUGGGAGGGAGGGGGGGGGAUUUUCUAAUGGAAAGACCCUCCUGGGGCAAUCAGGGUCUUUUCAGGGUCAGGAAAAUCUCCCCUCCUGGAUCAAAGGCGAAACAGCUGGAAAGCUGUAGCUAUUUUUGCUCUCCUCAUAGCUGUUUGCUCGUACAAUCUUUGCUGCUAGCCCUCCUUCUCCUCCUCCUCCUCCUCCUCUUCAUCUUUUUUACUUCUCCAUCUCUAUCUUUUUUUCUCAUUUUUUCAU